AUCAGACAGAUUCUCAGCUUUGCACAGCUGUUAAGAAGCAGCAGAGAUGUUACCUGGCUCAAAAAGUCAGCUCUAACUCAUGGAAAUCUGGAAUAAUGAUUCUGUAAAAAGGUGGAGUAAAGCUAGGUUUCUUUGCCAGGCCUUCAUGUACUGUGUCAAGUAGUGUUCACUUAGAGCCAGUGAAACAGCUCUGUUUUAUAUUUGCUGGAGGGUGGCAAUAGCUAUAUGAAUAAAUUUAUUUCAGAAUCUCCAAUAAUAGCCUUUAGAAAAGACAGUUCCUGUAGCAGAAAUGCUAAGUCACAGCUUGAACCAGUGAUUGAGCACCUGGUGGGAAGGCAGGGCCAACCCAGGGGAGCUCAGGUGCAUGUGAUGCAAUGCACCUGAGUGACCAGAAGGGAUGGAGCCAGGAUCCACUGCUUCCCAGAGCUCAUAUAAGGGCUGGCAGUGGAGGCAGGGGCAUUUUGCCAGAGAUCCUUGUAUACCUGUGGCCUUUUAAAGGACUGAUCAGCCAUGGUCCUUACGAGCGUGGGGAAGAUGAUGGGCCUCCAGCAGAAGGCUGCCGGCAUCAGGAACAUCUGUGUGCUCGCGCACGUGGAUCACGGCAAAACCACUCUAGCGGAUUGCCUAAUAUCUAGCAAUGGGAUCAUCUCUAGCCGCUUGGCAGGAAAGCUGCGGUAUCUGGACAGCAGAGAAGAUGAGCAGGUCCGGGGAAUAACGAUGAAAUCUAGUGCCAUUUCACUGCACUUUGAGAAGGGUGGUCAGGAGUAUCUGAUUAAUUUAAUAGACUCCCCAGGGCAUGUGGAUUUUUCUUCAGAAGUAUCUACUGCUGUCCGACUCUGUGAUGGUUGCAUCAUAGUGGUGGAUGCUGUUGAAGGCGUCUGUCCACAGACUCAAGCAGUUCUACGGCAGGCAUGGCUAGAAAACAUUCGUCCAGUAUUGGUGAUAAACAAAAUUGAUCGCUUGAUUGUGGAGCUCAAGUUAACCCCGCAGGAAGCAUACAUGCACCUUAAGAAUAUUUUAGAACAGAUAAAUGCAGUCACUGGAUCACUCUUUACCUCAAAAGUCUUAGAAGAAAGAGCUGAGAAAGAAGCAGAAAGUGAAAGUAGUUCUGACACGGCAGCUGGAGAUCAGAUUUAUGACUGGAGUGCUGGCUUGGAAGAUACUGACGAUUCUCACCUCUAUUUUUCUCCAGACCACGGAAAUGUGGUGUUUGCCAGUGCAAUUGAUGGCUGGGGUUUUGGCAUCGAGCAUUUUGCAAAAUUGUACAGCCAAAAGAUUGGAAUCAAGCCUGCAGUGCUACUGAAGACCUUAUGGGGCGAUUAUUAUCUAAACACAAAAGCAAAGAAGAUAAUGAAAGGCGAUCAGUCAAAAGGAAAGAAACCUUUGUUUGUGCAGUUGGUGUUGGACAACAUAUGGAGUCUAUAUGAAGCUGUUUUGAAAAGAGAUAAAGAAAAAAUUGAGAAGAUAGUUACCUCGUUGGGCUUGAAAAUUGGUCCCCGGGAGUCACGGCAUGCAGACCCCAGAGUUCAUCUUAAUGCCAUUUGUAGUCAGUGGCUACCUAUAUCUGAUGCAGUCCUUUCUAUGGUGUGUAAUAAACUUCCCAGUCCCCUUGACAUCACCACAGAGAGAGUGGAAAAGCUGAUGUGUGUUGGAGCUAAAACGUUUGAUUCUUUGCCACCGGAGACCCAGGAACUGAAAAGUGCUUUUCUGAAAUGCAGUAGUGAAGGAACGGCCCCGGUGAUUGUUUUCGUUUCCAAAAUGUUUGCUGUUGAUGCAAAGGCAUUGCCACACAAUAAACCAAGGCCUUUAACUCAAGAAGAAAUAGCUCAACGACGUGAACUUGCAAAACAGAGGCAUGCAGGAAAAAUGGCAGCGAGUCAAGGAAAGGAGGUUUCUGAAAAGCCCCCAAGUGAAAACUCGUCUGAGGUGACUGGAAACACUGGUGAUACAAAAGGUGUAGAACAGCAGCUCACUGAUCAAAUGGACGUCGUGACCUCAAAGGCGGCGAAACAGGAAGCAGACAACAAGGAGUCUUUCAUUGCGUUUGCUAGAGUGUUCAGUGGUGUGGUACGAAGAGGGCAAAAGAUCUUUGUUUUAGGACCCAAAUAUGAUCCUGCCGAGUCUUUGCAUAAGCUGUCAUCCCAGUGUUCUGCUACAGAUGAUCUGCCAUUAGUACCUCAUAUGUCUUGCUGUACGUUGGAGAAUCUAUACUUGCUCAUGGGAAGAGAACUUGAAGAGCUUGAAGAAGUACCUGCAGGGAAUGUUCUAGGAAUAGGUGGCCUGCAAGAUUUUGUGCUAAAGUCUGCCACUUUGUCAACGUCACCAGCUUGCCCACCAUUUACACCUCUCAACUUUGAGGCUACACCAAUUGUGCGGGUAGCUGUUGAACCAAAGCAUCCAAGUGAUAUGCCUCAGCUGGUGCGAGGAAUGAAGCUUUUAAACCAAGCUGAUCCAUGUGUCCAAGUUCUAAUCCAGGAGACAGGAGAGCAUGUGCUAGUGACAGCAGGAGAAGUUCAUCUGCAGCGCUGCUUGGAUGACCUGAAAGAAAGGUUUGCAAAGAUAGAGAUCAGUGUAUCAGCACCUAUUAUUCCAUUUCGAGAAACGAUAACAAGACCUCCAAAAGUUGAUAUGGUAAAUGAAGAAAUAGGAAAACAGCAGAAAGUUGCUGUCAUACACCAAACAAAAGAGGAUCAAAAUAAAAUUCCUGAAGGAAUUCAGGUCGAUUCAGAUGGGCUUGUUACAAUAUCUACUCCAAAUAAACAGGCUACUCUCAGCGUAAGAGCGUUGCCACUUCCUGAGGAGGUAACUCGACUUCUUGAAGAAAACAGUGACUUGAUUCGAACUAUGGAGCAGCUCAGCACGUCUCUGAAUGAAGAUAAAAAAGCUCACGAGAUAAAUCAGAAGACUAUUGAUAAGAUAAAGGAAUUCAAACAAAAAUUAGAGCAAAAUCUGCAGGGAAGGAAGUGGAGAAAUGCAGUUGAUCAUAUCUGGUCAUUUGGACCACGGAAGUGUGGGCCUAAUAUUUUGUUACAUAAAUUUGAAGGUUAUAAAAAUUCUGUGUGGCAGUGCCUUGGGAAUGCUGAGAAAGAAGUAAGUAAGUAUGGAGACUUUGACAACAGCAUAGUAAGUGGAUUUCAGCUGGCUACGCUUUCGGGUCCCAUGUGUGAAGAACCCCUCAUGGGUGUGUGUUUUACAGUGGAAAAAUGGGAAAUGAAUAAGGUUGGAGAGACGCUUUCAUCUAAAAGUCGGGAUUCGGGGGAGUGUGGUGCUGUAGAACAUAAAGAAAGCGAAGAUACUGUUUCUCCCACAAGUAAUUGCACUACUGAUGGUUGCAGUGAGAAUGAACACGAACAGAGCAGUCAAAAUGUUCCAAAGUCACUUGAAAAAAUUAGUAAAAACAAGGGAGAAGUUUUACUUACAGAUUGUUAUGGCCCCUUCUCUGGACAACUGAUUGCCACCAUGAAGGAAGCUUGUCGUUAUGCUUUGCAAGCAAAACCACAGAGGCUUAUGGCAGCAAUGUACACCUGUGAAAUUAUGGCUACUGCAGAAGUUCUAGGUCGUGUGUAUGCUGUCCUGUCCAAAAGAGAAGGCAGAGUGUUACAAGAGGAGAUGAAAGAGGGAACGGAUGUGUUUAUUAUUAAGGCAGUCCUGCCAGUAGCAGAAAGCUUUGGUUUUGCUGAUGAAAUCAGGAAGAGAACUAGUGGCCUGGCCAGUCCGCAGCUGGUGUUCAGCCACUGGGAGAUCAUUUCAAGUGAUCCAUUCUGGGUGCCAACCACUGAAGAAGAAUAUUUGCACUUUGGGGAAAAGGCGGACUCUGAGAACCAGGCCCGCAAGUACAUGAAUGCAGUAAGGAAGCGGAAGGGACUUUAUGUAGAAGAAAAAAUUGUGGAGCAUGCUGAGAAGCAAAGAACCCUCAGUAGGAAUAAGUAGCUGCGUCCGUUCUCUCCUGGUUCAGCUAAGUGCGGGUGGAUUAUUUUCUAUGCAGCAGAUUAAAAACUUCUCCUGGACUUGUUCUUUUACACCAUGUUUCUUACACUUUCUAAUGUUUAUGGCUUACGUUUUGAAAAACAUAAGUCCUUCCAACUUUUAUAUUGAGAAAAUAGUUUGUUUACUUAAAUAAAUCAUAGGCAUAUUUCUUGGAACUGGUCUCAGUUUUUAAAGCUUUAUGCACUAUUGCUGUCAUGGGAUUGGGAACUCCUAAUUUAAUUGGUUUCUUUUUGAUUUAUCAGAUGUAAUUACAGUUAGAGCUAGUUACCUAGUCUGUUGCAAAUAAACUAUGCAAUGAAUUUA